AAUGAGUUUCAGGUGUGGUUCCUCCUGCUGUCAGUCACAUUUAAUGCAACAUCACAAUGUCUCUUACUUCUGAGACACUUUCUCUCUAUUUUCUGAUUAAGUUAGUGACAAUCCAGUGCUACUCUUAUCAAACUGAACCUCUGUUUCUGUCUUUCUCCGAGUUGGCCGCUCUCGAAGCAAACUCUUUGCAUCAGACAGACAAGCCUCGCUUUGUGGAUCUGGAUCGUGUCGGAGAUGACGAGAUCGAGACCUUUGUGGUGAAAUGUCACGGGGACAGCAUGGAGGUGGUGGUGAAAGCUGAUCUGUUUGACCCCGGCCUGGCUGUGGAGCCCACACACUUCAGGCUCGGACCUUCCAGAGCUGCACAAGAUCACUGCAGGGCCAGAGAGUCAGGAGCCGGAGAGUUUAUCAUCAGGGCUCCUCUGACUCACUGUGGGAGUAAAGUGGAGUUUACCCAGAGUGCAGUGCGGUACACCAACCUCCUGCUGUACUCUCCACCUGCAGCAGCACCUGGAGGAGCUGCUGUUCCAGUCCAGUGCGACUAUAAAAGGAGUUACACGGUGAGCAGCGGGGCGCUGAAACCAACCUGGAGUCCCCCGAUCUCCAUCCAGCCCACACACCUGGACCUGGACUUCCACCUCCGACUCAUGACCAGUGACUGGAGCAGCGAGAGGAAGUCCUCUGUUUACUUCCUGGGUGAGGUGCUGAACAUGGAGGCGUCCGUAGACCACCGUCACCUCCCUCUCCGCCUGUAUGCAGACAGCUGUGUGGCGACUCUGACCUCUGAUGUCACAUCUCACCCCAGAUACCCCUUCAUAGACCACCACGGAUGUUUCACAGACUCGCAGCUGGACGGCUCCAGCUCCCGUUUCCUGCCCAGAGUCCAGGGCCGACUGCUCCACAUUCAGCUGGAACCUUUCCUCUUCCACCAGGACCUCAGACACACAGUAUAUAUAACAUGCUAUCUGGAAGCAGAGCCCAUUUCAGACAAGGAGCCAGUGAAAAGAGCUUGUUCUUUCAUAAGUGGGAGGUGGAGGUCAGUGGAUGGUGAUGACCGUGUCUGUCAGAGCUGCAGCAGUGUCAAGUCCAACCACAAGAGGGCGCUGAGGAGCAGAACUCAGCACAGACAGAGAGAGCUGCACAGGGAAACCAUUCUGGGCCCAUUGAUAUUUCUCCCCCGACAGCUGAGCACAUGAGGAAAAAGUAACAUUUGUAUGGAAGUGAUUGAGUUUAAUAUAAAUAAAAAUGUUUCAGCAACUGUGACAUGUCAGAAAAAUGUAAUUGUCU